AUGAUAUCGAUAAAAGGACCGCAACAGUGGAAGGGAAGUCGUGCGAGGAACGACGAGACGUCAGACAUUCCCAGAGAGGUACUGGAGAAGUUUGGUGAACUUGGAGGUUAUGGCAUUCUUGUACCCGAGCAAUACGGUGGUGCCGGUAUGUGCAACAGUCAAAUGGCGAGACUCGCCGAAACCAUCGGCGCCCACGAUCUCGGUUUCGGCAUUGUGAUGGGUGCUCAUCAGUCGAUUGGCUAUAAGGGCAUUCUCCUCUUUGGUACUGAUGAACAAAAAGAUAAAUAUCUACCAGAUUUGGCUGCUGGACGUAAAUUUGCUGCAUUCUGCCUUACCGAGCCGAGCAGCGGAUCCGAUGCCAAUUCAAUCAAAACCCGAGCUGAGAAAAGUCCGGAUGGCAAGCAUUAUAUACUGAACGGUGGUAAGAUCUGGAUCAGUAACGGUGGCUUCGCCGAUGUCUUCACCGUGUUCGCUCAGACUCCAGUGAAAAUGCCCGACGGUAGCACGAAAGACAAAGUGUCCGCGUUCAUAGUCGAGCGAGCGUUUGGCGGUGUAACCAGUGGUCCACAAGAAAAGAAAAUGGGCAUCAAAGGAUCGAAUACCGCUGAAGUGCACUUUGAUAACGUUAAGGUGCCCGUAGAGAAUUUGCUUGGAGUUGAAGGUGAAGGAUUCAAAGUAGCGAUGAACAUCCUGAACAACGGCCGGUUCGGUAUCCCUGCAUCAUGUACUGGUUCGAUGAAGUAUUGCAUUCAGAAGACGGUUGAUCACAUAACACAUCGCGUGCAAUUCGGUCAAACUCUGCAAGAAUUCUUCAACGUUCAAGAGAAGCUCACGAACAUGGUUGCUCGACAUUAUGCCACGGAGUCGAUUGUCUAUCUCCUUGCAGCGAAUAUGGAUCGCGGAAUUCAGGACUAUCAGCUGGAGGCAGCCAUUGGGAAGGUUGCGGCGUCGGAAAAUGCCUGGUGGGUAUGUGAUGAAGCGAUUCAGCUGCACGGUGGUAUGGGAUUCAUGAAGGAUUGUGGUCUGGAACGAGUCAUGAGGGAUCUACGAAUCUUCAGAAUAUUCGAGGGUGCAAACGAUGUCAUGCGACUAUUUGUGGCUCUGACUGGAGCGCAACAUGCUGGAAAACAUCUCCAACAGGUGGCUAAGGAUAUUAAAUCCGGUAGCAUUGGAACGCUUUUCGGACAGGUGGUGAAGAGAGCAACAGGUGGCAGCACUGGAGCGGAUUUCGGAGCUGUGGUGGAUCCAGCUUUGAGCGAUUCAGCCAAAAAGUUGGACGACUGCAUCAAGGAAUUCGGCAAAACAGUUGAAAAUCUUCUCAUCAAGUAUAAAAAGGGCAUUAUAGACCGACAGUAUGAGCUGAUCCGUGUCGCGGACGCGGCGAUCGAUAUCUAUAGUAUGAUCGCUACGCUUUCUAGGUGA